AGCGCCUUUCCUGAAAAACCUCAGUCCACGGACUCGGCCGACGUCGACAAGCACCACCCAACGAACCCGCCGUUCCGCCCGCUCCGCCCUCCCCCCUCCCGCGCGGAUCACAGCGACGACAACCCCCCCGCCCCAACCGCGCCGAACGAUCCCGAUUCAAUUGACACACACACACACACAAAACCAACCAACACACAAUGGCGCCCCUCCAAACUGUGUCGCGCGCCCUCGCGCGGUCCGCCGCCGCCGCCCGGGUACCGGCCACGGCCACCACCACCACGACUACGGCCACGGCGGUCCGCGCCAUGAGCUCGACCCCGGCCCUCCGCGACUCCUCGUCGUCCUACCAGAGCCCCUUCAAGGGCGAGUCCAAGACCAAGGUCCCCGACUUCUCCAAGUACAUGUCCAAGGGCUCCGGCAGCACCAAUGCGCUGUUUUCGUACUUUAUGGUCGGCACCCUCGGCGCCAUCUCGGCUGCGGGGGCCAAGUCGACUAUUCAGCAGUUCCUUGUCAACAUGUCUGCUUCGGCUGAUGUCUUGGCCAUGGCCAAGGUCGAGGUCGACCUCGCUGCUAUUCCGGAGGGCAAGAACGUCGUCAUCAAGUGGAGAGGCAAGCCUGUCUUCAUCCGCCACCGGACCGCCGCCGAGAUCGAUGAGGCCAACAGCAUCAACGUCGCCUCAUUAAGAGACCCCGAAACCGACGACCAGCGCGUGAAGAAGCCCGAGUGGCUCGUCAUGUUGGGCGUCUGCACACACUUGGGUUGCGUGCCCAUCGGCGAGGCCGGUGACUUCGGCGGGUGGUUCUGCCCCUGCCACGGCUCCCACUACGACAUCUCGGGCCGCAUCAGGAAAGGACCCGCCCCGCUCAACCUCGAGAUCCCGGCGUACGACUUCUCCGACGACGGCAAGCUGGUUGUCGGUUAAGCAACACGCCCUGCAUGCGAGGGAGCAGCACAAAUGGAUAUGGGACGGGGAUGGAGAAGGGCGGUGGUGUAUUAGUACAGUACGGGACUUGGGCGAAACAAAAGAGAGCGUUCGCAGGGUUUUCCGAUUCCAGCGCGCCCUUAUAGACCAUAAACCGCGGAGCAAGCCUGACUGCUGCUUUAAGUUUGGGCAUUUUCUUUUUCCGUUAGCUUUCCUCCCCUUAGACCUUGUUCUUUGGUCAAGCCGAUUGUA